AUGAAAUGUUACUUACGAUCAGAUGUGACCCGCUUAUCAGAAAAAGAUAUUCAGGAUAUUAUUAGUGCUAAAAAUUCAAUGAAGCGAGCAUCAGAAGUUAUGACAAAUAAAUAUAAAAUAUCAUCUCAGCAGGUAUACCAAAUAUGGAGAGGAGUUUAUCCGCCGAUAGAUCCUAAAGAGAUAGUAUCAUAUCCACCAACAGACUCACCUUCAGAUUCUAAAAAUAUGACUAAGCCAACGCUGAGAAACUCAGUCGAAGGCACUCAGGGUAAAGGAUUAUAUGGGGAGGAAUUAAAAGUAUUUUAUGAGAAGGGUGUUAAGGAAGAUGAAAAAAGUAAAGCAGAGACAGCUCGCUUAUUG